AUAAGGUGGGGAGGGGGCUUUUAACAACCAUGUGGCCAGUUAGAAGUCAUCAGGGUCAAGUUUAAGGGAAGUGGGUGAUUUUGAGUAAUCUUGGAACAUCUGGGCAGACUACUUCAAUUCAGGGCCAGAGGAUUGAACUGAAGCUAGCCAUGUGAAUGAGUAAGAUCUUGGAAGAAGACAGCAGAGAGAUCAAAGAUCCAGAGUUGAAACUUGGAGAAAUUUCACAGAAUAUUAUCCCAAAGAGGAGUCCAUGAUGGAGGCGGAGGUAAACUUGGAGAGGAAAGGAAGAUGCCACCCAAACGUAUAGCCAAGAGAAGGUCACCCCCAGAAGAUGCUCUCCCUAAAAGCAAGAAGGUGAAGGACCAUCGUAACCAGGCAGUGAGGGCCGUUGCCUCCCAUCGCGUUCCAGGUGCCCAGAGGCCGAGCCCUCCUGACCAGAAAACCCGACCAGUCUCCCAUAGGUCCCACAGCACAGAACCAGGCAUGGUGCUGACACUGGGCCAGGGUGACGUGGGCCAGCUGGGGCUGGGCGAGAAUGUGAUGGAGAGAAAGAAGCCAGCUCUGGUGCCCAUUCCGGAAGACAUCGUGCAAGCCGAGGCUGGGGGCAUGCAUACUGUGUGUCUAAGCAAAAGUGGCCAGGUCUACUCCUUUGGCUGCAACGAUGAGGGUGCCCUGGGAAGGGACACAUCAGUGGAGGGCUCAGAGAUGGUCCCCGGGAAAGUAGAACUGCAAGAGAAAGUGGUACAGGUGUCAGCAGGAGACAGUCACACAGCAGCCCUCACUGAGGAUGGUCGUGUUUUCCUCUGGGGCUCCUUCCGGGACAAUAACGGUGUGAUUGGACUCUUGGAGCCCAUGAAGAAGAGCAUGGUGCCCGUGCACGUGCAGCUGACUGAGCCUGUAGUGAAGGUGGCCUCAGGAAAUGACCACUUGGUGAUGCUGACAGCUGAUGGUGACCUCUACACUUUGGGCUGCGGGGAGCAGGGCCAGCUGGGCCGUGUGCCUGAAUUAUUUGCCAACCGUGGUGGCCGGCAGGGCCUUGAACGACUCCUGGUCCCCAAGUGUGUGAUGCUGAAAUCCAGAGGAAGCCGGGGUCAUGUGAGAUUCCAGGAUGCCUUCUGUGGUGCCUACUUCACCUUUGCCAUCUCCUGCGAGGGCCAUGUGUAUGGUUUUGGCCUCUCCAACUAUCAUCAGCUCGGAACCCCGGGCACAGAAUCUUGCUUUGUACCCCAAAACUUGACAUCCUUCAAGAACUCUACCAAGUCCUGGGUGGGCUUCUCUGGCGGCCAGCAUCAUACAGUCUGCAUGGAUUCGGAAGGAAAAGCCUACAGCCUGGGCCGGGCCGAGUAUGGGCGGCUGGGCCUUGGGGAGGGUGCUGAGGAGAAGAGCAUACCCACCCUCAUCUCCAGGCUCCCUGCCGUCUCCUCGGUGGCUUGUGGGGCUUCCGUGGGGUAUGCUGUGACCAAGGAUGGUCGUGUUUUCGCCUGGGGCAUGGGCACCAACUACCAGCUGGGCACAGGGCAGGAGGAGGAUGCCUGGAGCCCGGUGGAGAUGACAGGCAAACAGCUGGAGAACCGUGUGGUCUUAUCAGUGUCCAGUGGGGGCCAGCACACAGUCUUACUAGUCAAGGACAAAGAACAGAGCUGAUGAAGCCUCUGCGGGCCUUGCUCCCGGCCCCACCACUCUCCCUCCUAAAACUGGGAAGCUAUGAUGACUACAGAUUCCAACAGCCCCCCCCCCCCCCCGCCGCCCCGAGUACUCUGUCAUCUCCUGCCUUUUUCCUAUCAGCAGAACAGAAUCCUUUUCCUCUUUUCCGUCCUCCUUUCCUGAAUCAUCCUGCAACCUACAGGAUGAAGGGGAGUGGGGGGAAAUGGAAGAGGGGAGGAGGUUUUGGCAGCCGGAACAUUGCUCACCCCAGAGCUAUGUGAUUAGACCUUUCCCCCUCAUCCCUACCUCCCAUGGUCCUGGCUGACCCUGGUUUUGCCUGCCAAAAACCAGA